AUGACAGACAGUGCGCUUACAUCCCAUGAUGCCCAAGUCAAGUCACGCCCACGAUGUCGAACUGGCUGCUUAACGUGCCGGCGUCGCAAAAAGAAGUGUGACGAGACUCGUCCCUCUUGUGCAGGUUGUCAACGUAACAAUAUCGAAUGCGAGUGGGAAUCCAGUGCCUCACUGUUGGUACCUAGACGUCGCUUUCGACAUUCGCGUCUUUCUGAAAAAAGUUUGCCUAAGGAGGCACGGGAAAUGGUGCAUGUCUUCACCGUUCUAAAGCCGGACAUGGUCGAACGCCUGCUCGGUCAUUUCCUUCAUGCCAGUCCAAAGUGGCUUUCAACUCGGACGGGGUCACGAAGGACUGAUUAUCUCAAGUGGUUAUCUCCUGCGUUAUCAGAAAGCCCUCUAGUUAUGGACUGCAUUCUUACAAUUGCCUCUGCCGAUCUACUCAAAUAUCACCGUGACGAUCUAGAGCUCCGGCACGUUGCCGUGGAAUACUAUGGACAGGCAGUAUCUAGUCUUCGAGUAGCAAUUGAGAGCGAAAUAGCUGCUUCUCCGUCCGACACAUAUCUAAAUGGUGCGAGCUUCACUUCUACCCCUUCUAAAGUAUAUCUGAGCCACCUCGCUAAUCCGUCCUCACAGACUAUAACCCGCUCGCGGUACUUUUACUUUGUCUGCAUGAGGUAA